AUGCCGGUUCGCCCAGUGGUGGAUACAGGUUACUUCCCAGCGCAUUUUUAUGUGGCUCCUGGUGCUCUACGUUAUGCAAGGCAAUUCACAGUUAACGACUUGUUUUUCCUUUAAUUCCAAGGCUCUACGUUUGCCAAAGCCAAGCCUGAAAUUCCCUGGACAUCGCUAACUCGGAAGGGAAUUGUGAGAGUUGUGUUUUUUCCAUUAUUCAGCCAGUGGUGGAUACAGGUUACUUCCCAGCGCAUUUUUAUGUGGCUCCUGGUGCUCUACGUUAUGCAAGUUAUAGCAGUUGUGUUGUAUUUCGUGGUGCCUGUUGUGAAUGCGAGUGAAGUCAUGGGGCCAAUGUGCCUUAUGUUACUGAUGGGAACUGUUCACUGUCAAAUAGUGUCCACCCAGAUCAGCAAACCGUCGGCAAACAACGGGCUCGGCAGGCGGAGGAGGAAGUUACGCAAAUCUGUGGGUGUGGAUGGGAACAGUUGGUCUUCUCCUGACAAAAACAGUAAAGAAGAGCAGUCUGAAUCUGCAUCCGUUCUUAAGAAUUUAUUUAGUGUGCUUUUCCGAAGGAGGAUUAGAAGAGUAAAGUUGGUAUCUGAGAAAGGGACUGAGACAGAAAAUGGUGUGAAUGCUGUGAAUAAUGGCAUUAAGCACAGACAUGCCAGAUCUGAAUACAGGCUGUUGCACUUCAAAGAGAAAAAUAAACUUUCCGAUGGGGAAAAGAGCCAUCAGGACGACUGCACCAACAGAGGUGGUGUUUCUGAUGAGCUUUCGAGUGAGGAGGAUGCUGAAGCAAUGGCACAAAGGAUCUUGUUACGCCAGAAUGUAGAAGGGGCUUCCAGUGACAAUAGCUAUGAAGAGAAGAAAAAGAGGCCUCUUGUUUCCCUGAACCAGGCUGUCUCACAGGUGAAGCAAGCCCUGAAAGGUGCCAGAGACUCUGAUAGUGUUGUGGAAUCUGAACUAGAAUCCACAUUACAUAGUCAGGACUCGAGGUCCUGCAUCAGUGUGGGAUCCCGGAGCUGUAAUGUGACCCGGAGAGACUCGGAAAGCACUCGCCAUGACUCUGAGACCGAAGACAUGCUUUGGGACGAUCUGCUUCACGGGCCAGAGUGUCGGUCGUCCUGCACCAGCGACAGUGAGGAAAUGACUGUGAGAGGCAUCAGGCGGGAUCUGAAGGAAGAUGUUUUCCAGCAGAACCAUUUGUUUUGGCUGCAGAAUACAAGUCCGGCAUCUGCUAAAGUGAGCGCACUGAUCUGGGAAGGGAAUGACUGUAAGAAGGUGGACAUGUCCGUGCUGGAGAUCAGCGGGAUUAUCAUGAGCAGGGUUAAUGCCUACCAGCAAGGAGUGGGGUAUCAAAUGCUGGGAAAAAUCCCCACCUACAGACUCUUCCGCACAGAUAACCUGGAGCAGUUCUGCUCAAUUUCUCUAAAGGAGCUUCUGCACAUCUUUUGUGGAGCACCUGCUAGUACCCCUGUCGUUCUUUUGUCUGCAAUCAACUUCCUUGAAAGACUUUGCUUAACCUGGAUGUUCUUCUUCAUGAUGUGUGUUGCUGAGAGAACGUACAAACAGAGGUUUUUGUUUGCCAAGCUUUUUAGUCACAUUACAUCUGCUCGGAAAGCCAGGAAGUACGAAAUUCCUCACUUUAGACUCAAGAAGGUAGAAAACAUUAAGAUCUGGUUGUCUCUUCGUUCCUAUCUAAAGAGGCGAGGUCCUCAGCGAUCCGUGGACGUUGUCGUAUCGUCAGUCUUUUUACUGGCUCUUUCCAUUGCGUUUAUAUGCUGCGCCCAGGUUCUUAAGGGUCACAAAACAUUUCUGAAUGCAGCCUACAACUGGGAGUUCCUAAUCUGGGAGGCAGCACUUCUUCUCUUUUUACUACGUCUGGCAUCUUUGGGCUCGGAAACCAACAAGAAAUACAGUAAUAUUUCAAUCUUGCUCACUGAGCAGAUAAACUUAUACCUGAAGAUGGAGAAGAAGCCAAACAAGAAAGAACAGCUGUCUCUAGUGAACAAUGUCUUGAAACUAUCUACAAAGCUGCUGAAGGAGUUAGAUACUCCAUUUAGGCUGUACGGACUGACCAUGAAUCCAUUAAUCUACAACAUAACACGAGUUGUCAUACUCUCUGCUGUCUCCGGUGUUAUAAGUGAUCUUCUAGGAUUCAAUAUCAGAUUAUGGAAAAUUAAACCGUGAACUGACCAAACA